AUGACCGAGAGAUCGAUCAAAUUUUAUGACGGCACCUACAAGGUCAAUAGCGCACAUGGAUUCUGGGAUUCCGAAGGGCAAUAUCACGAAUGGGGAGAUGUCGACGAUCCAGAGACAUGGUACCCGCCGACGCCGCCGCCUGCCAUGCCGCUUGAUGAGAUCGAAAAUGGGGUGGCACUUAAUGGCGCGAGGAAUUCCGAUGUACCAGAUGAUGUCGAUAUUGGAGCCCCGAGACCGUCACUGGAUCAGACAACAUCGAACGCUCAGCGCAACCUGCCGUUCAGACAGAAAGACAGCGAAAAUGCCUCGCCUACCUCACCCAAUACGGAGGCCCCUCUCUCCACUCAUUACCCCGAAUCUUCCUUGAUGUCUUCUGGCUUAAAUCCUGCACCCUGGUCACGGUUGCACAUCCGAGAAGACAUCUUCCAAGCGUUCUCUGGCAAAGGAAAAAGCUCUGGUGAAACGUUCAAUGGUACGAGCACUGGAGAGGCAAAGCCCCAGCAGCAGCUUUUUGCCGGUCUCCCUGAUAGAGCUCACUUGGCUGCUAGGCUUGAAGGCAUCUGCAUUGGAACGAGGCUGGGUUCCGAGAGCAAGGAUGUCGGCUUGAAAGAUUGCUAUGACUGGUGCGGUGUGAGACACGAUUCCAUUGUGGAGAUGGUGGACAGUGCUGCCAAUGUGAUGCGAGGGCCACCUCUAGCUGGCAGCAGUGAUCAUAUUAAACUGUUGAUACCGGCCGACCAAGAGCUAGACACCAAGCACAAUAUCGCAGACGAGAUGAAUGCCUCGACGAAGGACUCUAGAAUAAUGACUACAUCCAAAGAGUGUGGAAAUGUGGACCCGAAGGCACACAAUAUGGUCAAGCCCAACAAGGGCAAGGCCUUGGGCGAUACCAAAGAAUCGCGACAUCCGAAGAAGCAGGUUCUGCACAAAGAUAAUGAGGAGCCAGACGGUAAUGACAGCGAUGCUUCAUCUCUUUCAGAUGCCCCUUCGGAUAUGUCGGACUGGGAGCUAGAUGAGAAGAUUAAGAAUCCACUCUUCCAAUCUUCUGCACAGACGAACACAGAUCCUAUUGGCGACGCCUCGGAGCAGACGGCCAAAGAUGUGGCCAAGAAGGCGAAGAAGACGAUGGUGCAGCCCGUACGCAAAACGCCGGCACGCAAAACCCGAGCAAGCAGCUACGAUGCGAGUGGUGUUCAAUUUUCAGAUUCCGGUUCAGAGGGCGAUGACCACUCAGAUUGGAAAGAAGAUGAAAAGGCCAAGAAACACAAGAAGAAUACGAGAAAGAGUGCCACGCCUUCUGUGCGCAAAAUGGGUCAAGCAAAGAGCAAAGCCACAAACGAUGGCCAUGUUGCAGAACAAGCGUCGGAUGACUCGGACUGGAAGGCGGAUAAGAAGGCCAACAAGUCCAGGAGGAUGGCGAAUAAGGGUGGUGCUCCGGGAUCUGUACGCAAGACUACUCGAGCAGCUAGGCAGGCCACGGUCACGAGUAGCAGCGUUGGCGGUGUUGGUGGCGGUGGAAAGCGAACUACGAGGAAUUCGUGGGGAGGUUGA